AUGAGGACGAAGGUUAGCAACUUCAACAACAUAUACAAUAAUUUCGUCAAUAGUAGUCGAAGGAAAAGUGGUGCGAGCAACGUCGAUGUCAUGACACAAGCCCACAACGACUAUAGAAUGAACCAUGGGUAUAUGUUUACGUUGGUAACCACAUGGGAGCGUCUUCGCAAAUCUCCAAAGUGGCAUCUUGUACCACCGUUCGACCCAACCCGCCCUAGAUCUAAACAGUCCAAAUCGACAUCCACCACCGAACCAUCUGGGUCCGAUGCUCGUACAGUAAUAAGUCUAAACGACGAUGCUGACGAAUUUGAAGAACCAGAAGAGCUGCCUCGUCCAACUGGUAGGGAUAAAAGUAAGGCCAAGGCACGUGGAAAGUCUAAUACAUCAGAUGGCCCGUCAAAGAUGAGCGAGUUCGAGGCAAGUCUCAACAAAAUAAUCUCCAUUGGGGAAAAAGGCAAGUCACAUCUACCAGAGGAGGACCGGGUCAUUUUGGAGGCUCGUAAGGCACAAAUUCGGGCAAAAUAUAUGUAG